GGGAGGUGAACAAUAACAAUAAAAAAAAUGGGAAAGAUUGUAUUCUUUGAGGAGAAGAACUUCCAAGGUCGUAGUUAUGAGUGCAACAGCGACUGCCCAGACCUGCACUCCUACUUCAGCCGCUGUAACUCCAUCAGGGUGGAGAGCGGCUGCUGGGUGCUGUACGAGCGCCCCAACUACGGAGGCUACCAGUACGUGCUGACCUCUGGGGAGUACCCUGACCACCAGCAGUGGAUGGGCUUCAACGACAACAUCAGAUCCUGUCGCUCUAUUAAAAAUGUCUAUGGAAAUUCCUACAAGAUCAGGUUCUAUGACAGGCCAGAUUUAGCUGGCCAGAUGGCAGAGUGGAGCGAAGACUGCCCAUCGGUCCAUGAAGCCUUCAAGUUCUGUGAAUUCCACUCUGCUGUAGUGAUAGACGGUGCCUGGGUCUUCUAUGAGCUGCCCAACUACAGGGGGCAGCAGUACUUCCUGGAGCGCGGAGAGUACCGUAACUUCACAGACUGGGGCGCCACCUCCCCUGUCGUGGGCUCCUUCCGCAGGAUCACAGAGUUCUAGAAUCCUAAGACUCCUAGUGUUCUAGAGCCCUACGACUACAUCCUUUCCCAUUAACCUCUCUGCCGCUUAUGACACCCACCUCUGUGUGAGAGUGUUACAGGCCAACAAAUAAAACCCUGUCUAAUCCGCACAAACGCUGCUGUCUUCA